CCCCAUAGGUGUGUCUCUGGGCUCGGUAACUGCCGGCCCCACUCCAUGCGGAGACGCACACCACACCGGACAGCUCACCCAUCUGGAGCCACAGCAAGCCCAAACAGCCCAGACCAGUGACCUGCAAUGGAAGCUGCAGAUGCCUCUAGGAGCAACGGGGCGAGCCCAGAAGCCAGGGAUGCCCGCAGCCCAGCAGGCACCAAUGGUAGCCUGGAGAAUGGGGCCAAGCCUGAAGCCAAAGAUGCCAAGACCACCAAUGGGCAUGGCGGGGAGGCAGCUGAGGGCAAGGGUCUGAGCAGCGCCCUGAAGUCAGGGGAGGGGAAGAGCUCCCUGUUCUCCGGGAACGAGUGGCGGCGGCCCAUCAUCCAGUUUGUUGAUUCCGUGGAUGACAAGGGCUCCAACUACUUCAGUAUGGACUCCGCUGAAGGCAAGCGGUCCCCCUACUCAGGCCUCCAGCUGGGGGCUGCCAAGAAGCCGCCGGUCACCUUUGCUGACAAAGGGGAGCUGCGGAAGUCCAUAUUCUCAGAGCCACGGAAGCCCACUGUGUCCAUCGUGGAGCCGGGGGAGGUGCGGAGGAACAGCUACCCGCGGGCCGACACCAGCGCCCUCCUGAGAUCUAAGUCCGGCUCAGAGGAGGUGCUGUGUGACUCUUGCAUCAACAACAAACAGAAGGCUGUCAAGUCUUGUCUGGUGUGUCAGGCCUCCUUUUGCGAGCUGCAUCUGAAGCCUCACCUGGAGGGGGCCGCCUUCCGUGACCACCAGUUGCUGGAGCCCAUCCGGGACUUUGAGGCCCGCAAGUGCCCCUUGCAUGGCAAGACCAUGGAGCUCUUCUGCCAGACAGACCAGACCUGCAUCUGCUACUUGUGUAUGUUCCAGGAGCACAAGAAUCACAGCACCGUGACCGUGGAAGAGGCCAAGGCCGAGAAGGAGACAGAGCUGUCACUCCAGAAGGAGCAGCUGCAGCUCAAGAUCAUUGAGAUUGAGGAUGAGACUGAGAAAUGGCAGAAGGAGAAGGAUCGCAUCAAGAGCUUCACCACCAAUGAAAAGGCCAUCCUGGAGCAGAACUUCCGGGACUUGGUGCGGGACCUGGAGAAGCAGAAAGAAGAAGUUAGGGCUGCCCUGGAGCAGCGGGAGCAGGAUGCUGUGAACCAAGUGAAAGUGAUUGUGGAUGCUCUGGAUGAAAGGGCAAAGGUCCUGCAUGAGGACAAGCAGACCAGAGAGCAGUUGCACAGCAUCACCGACUCAGUGCUGUUUCUGCAGGAAUUUGGUGAAUUGAUGAGCAAUUACUCCCUCCCUCCGCCCCUGCCCACCUACCAUGUUCUGCUGGAGGGGGAGGGCCUAGGGCAGUCGCUGGGCAACUUCAAGGACGAUCUGCUCAACGUGUGCAUGCGUCAUGUUGAGAAGAUGUGCAAGGCAGACCUGAGCCGUAACUUCAUUGAGAGGAACCACAUGGAAAAUGGUGGUGACCAUCGCUACAUGAACAACUACACAAACAACUAUGGGACUGAGUGGGGUGCGCCAGACACGAUGAAGAGAUACUCCAUGUACCUGACACCCAAGGGUGGGGCCCGGACAUCGUACCAGCCAUCGUCUCCCAACCGCCUCUCCAAGGAGACCAACCAGAAGAAUUUCAACAAUCUCUAUGGCACCAAAGGUAACUAUACCUCUCGGGUCUGGGAAUACUCCUCCACCAUCCAGAACUCUGACGACUUGCCUGCAGUGCAAGGCAGCUCUUCCUUCUCUCUGAAAGGCUAUCCCUCUCUCAUCCGGAGCCAGAGCCCUAAGGCCCAGCCACAGACUUGGAAAUCCAGCAAGCAAACUUUGCUGUCUCACUACCGGCCAUUCUACGUCAACAAAGGCAAUGGGAUCGGCUCCAAUGAGGCCCCAUGAG